AUGGGAAAGCCUGAGCACGCACAGAAGUCUUCGCGGGUCUCGCGCCUUCCGGCGCUGCCUUCUCACUUCGCGCCCUUCUCGGCACAAGAGGAGGAGGAGCUGAACGACGACGAACAAGCUCUCCUUCUUGCGCAGUUCCGCCAGAAACUGAACGACAUCCACGGCGACGCAGCGCGCCGUGCAGACGAAGAAGAAGAGGAUGAUGAACAGCUUCAGCGCCUUGCUGAGCUCGGCUACACCAAGCUCCCCAAUGAACGGGUCCUCAACAAAGCCAAUCAGAAGGCCGUCUCCGCCGCUGAGCAGCGAGGCCAGAGUCGCGGCAUGAUUGCCGUCAACGAUAUUCCAGGCCUGGAGCAGAAACUCGAGGAGAUCCGCUACAAACCCCCAGCGGGCAUGCGCCGGGUGCCGUGGAUUGAGACGCUCGCGGUGGUCGCCGCGCCUGUGAGCGGUGCUGAGAAGAAAAGUGAAGAGGCUGAGGACGGCGACGAACUCGGCGAAAAGAAAAAGAAAUCCAUCGGCGCCAACCAGGAUCUGGAGAGAGAAAAAUACUUCAUGCGCCUGACCUCGAGCGCGGCUGUGGUGGCGCUCACGCGGCUUCGGCAGCGGCGCCUCAAGUUCACCCGUCCCUCGGACUUUCUGGCAGAGAUGCUGAAGACUGACAAUCACAUGGCGCGCGUGCGCGAGCGGCUUGCGGCUGAGAAGGAGCAUUUGGCGGACUUCGAGGAGAAGAAGCGGAAGAAGCUGAACAAGAAGUUCAAUCGCUCGAGCGGGCACAAGCUCGUCCGCGAGCAGGAGGAGGCGCGCCGCCGAAACGCGGAGCUGAAGGAGAUCGCCGCGUGGAAGAAGGAGCGCGAGAAGAACGCGAAGCAAACCAGGUCCGGUGGCGAGUUCCAAGAUCCUGAGUCGGCCUUCGACGCGUGGAUCAAGAAGAAGGACGUGCAGACCCGCGCCGAGGAGCUUGAGCAGAAAAGGCUCCGCCGGAAGCGCAUGCGCGGCGAACUCCAGGGCGAGCGCGAGGGAAACAAGAAACGCCAGCGAAACAGGUGGAACAGAAAGCGAAAGUAA